UCUAAUAUAGUAUUGUUUGGUAGUGGUCUAUUGAGGGUUUUGUUACGGAAGUUUAACGCAAUGCUACUCUAGUGAAACUUGUGCCUUUCAAUUCAAAUUGCUGCAGAGACUAUUAGAAUAAACAAUGCAACCUUAAGCUUUCUUUACUGCCCGGAAACAUAAAAGAGGUCUUGCUUUGCGGGUUUGGUUCUGGUCCGUUCAUCGGGGAAUGCCACCAGUGAGUCCACGGAAAAUGAGAUCCGUUUUCCUUGAAGAGGGCAAAGUGGGUAAUCCUCCUUCUGCAUCUGCUGGUAAACUACAUAAAGCGGAUCAUCUAAAUAUACACAGAGAAUUCUACAUAGACGGCGGGACUGAAGUCCCCGUGAUCAGUCAAGACAGUGUUUUGGUCCAGGUGAAAGCAUGUGGUCUCACUAGACCUGCUUACAAUGCUUUUCGAGAAGUUUCACCCAGCACUGACAACAUGAAAACUCGCCUCCCUGUUGGAUGUGAAGUCUCAGGGAUCAUUCAGAGUUGUGGUACAGAAGUUACCACAUUGAGGCCAGGAGAUACAGUAGUUGGAAUCAUUCCCAUGGAUUAUGGCCAAUCUGGAUGCUCAGAAUAUGUAGUUUUGAAUGAGUAUGAUGUUGUGAAAAAGCCAACAAGUGUUAGCUAUGUGGAAGCGGCUGGGUGUAUCGGAGAUGCGGUCAAAGCUUACACCGCUCUUCACUAUUUAGGACGCAUGUGUUCAGGGGAAACUGUGUUAGUCUUGAACGGUGCCUCUCCAGCUGGCAGCAUUGCCAUCCAACUUGCAAUGAUGGGUGGUGUUAAAGUAUUAACUACUGCAGCCUCAACAGAAGAACUUCUAUACCUUCAGAGUUUUCAACCUAGCAUCGGUCACAUAAUUGAUAUGACAACUCGGAGCAGUGCCUUAAGGGCUUCCUGCUUGGAGGAGACGGCUGGUCACGGAGUUGAUUUAAUUCUUGAUCUAGGUUGCAGUCAAUAUCCUGUGGAUGGGUACGUGGAGAAUGAUAGAAUCCUACCCCAAAAAUAUGAUGUCAUUUCAUGUUUGGCUGUUGGCGGUCGAUGGAUUACAUCACAACCAGAUUUACAUCUUGAUCCAAAUAAUUCACGUCUCAUGUGGCUCAAAUGUGGUAGCGUUGGAUACUUGAACGAACAUUCCUGGGUUCUCUCUCCUGCUCAGGCUGGUCGCUACCAGCAUAUUUUGUUGGAUAUUAUGGAGAAACUUGCGGAUAGAUCUCUAAGGCCCAACAUCCACCAUACCGUUAUGCUGGACGGUGUACCCGAUGCAAUGAAAACUCUGGACACCGUACGGGUCGGGAAAGUUGUCAUGGCUUCUUGAGCAGUAUGAAUACACAAUCUUUGUCUC